GCCCCCGCAGCCGCCGCAGCCGCACGGAAUGCAGCCCCUGCGGCCCCAACAGGCCGCCCAACGUGAGCAAGACCGCGCGGUGCCCCGCGGACCCCGUGGACCCCGAGUACCAGCAGCACGGCCCAGCAGAUUUCCCGUGCUGGUCCAGAGUUCUCCAAUGACGUCACGGCGAAGCCUAUAAAAGCCACCCCCUCGCCUCCCCCAAAACAAGCUCCCCCAAAACGCAAGCCGCCCCUCCCUAAACACCAACGCCCCCCAAAAACGUGUCCCCAAAACGAAAAACUAAUAAACCUAAACUCCCCCAAAACUUUCGCCCCACGCCGUCUGCUCCUCUCCUACACCGCAACCAAACAAGUCUCCGCACCGGUCGGCCCUCCAAAUUUGAUUAAACGCGUUCGUAGUGCGAUGAGAAAGAGGGAAAAGAGAAAAAACCUGCCAACGCAAGUUAAAUAAUAAACUAAAACAUCAAAAAUUAUCAUAAAAUUAUCGUGAAGUGAGAGGGUGAUGACCACGCCCUGCCACCGUUGCACCCACUGCCGCAGCACGGCUGCCGACCAACACACGCAGCCACCUCCAGGCGAUGUACCGACCACCACACCCUGCCCUACGGAAUGUCGCAGAGGAUGCACGGAACCCAUCAUGUGACUUGGGUGGACCAGGCCUAAGAUGGGUUGGCUGCUGGCGGCGCUGCUGGUUGCUGUGAUGAGCGUGCUGUGCGUUGGCCGUGGCGCCGCUAACUCCGACGCCAAGAGGCUCUACGACGACCUGCUCAGCAACUACAAUCGCCUCAUCAGGCCCGUCGGCAACAACUCGGACAGGCUGACCGUACGCAUGGGCCUCAGGCUGUCGCAGCUUAUAGAAGUGAAUCUGAAGAACCAGAUCAUGACGACCAACAUGUGGGUGGAGCAGGAGCCAGAAUAA